ACGGAAAGCUUUUCACCGCCUCGACCACCGACUUCAGAGGGAAAAUAGCUCAGAUCUCCAGACACUUCAGCCGGGGGGGGCAGGACGUCAGCCAGGACACCUCCAUCGCCCUACUGCAGGAUCCGGCGUUCGUGGGCUCGGCGGCGGUGGACAUGAAGCUGUUCUUCUUCUUCACUGAAGUCGGGAAAGAGUUCAGCUUUGUGGACGAGCUGCGGAUCGCUCGCGUCGCUCAAGUCUGCAAGGACGAUGUGGGGGGGCAGCGGACUCUCCAGAAUAAGUGGACGUCCUUCGCUAAAGCGCCGCUGCUCUGCCAGGUUCCCAGACAGCUUCCCUUCAACGUCCUGCAGCACGUCUUCACCCUCCCACCACCGGAGGGCGCCAGCUCCUCAGAGACGCUGUUCUAUGGCGUCUUCACCUCGCAGUGGUACGGGGCCAGCGGAGGAUCACUGUUUCUGCCUGAUUUUCACUGCGCAAGCUCGAGUUGGUCCUCCUUAUUGGACCGUUAUGUACAGCAUUCUGACACAUCGGCGUUUCACAAAGAAGACAAAAACCCCGAUCACAUUCAUCUGAACGAGAGAGC